UGCCCCAUGGAAUGAAAGUGUGGACAACGCUUACAGACUGCUGGAGCUGUCCCCAGCAGCCACCUCCGUGGCGAUGGUGCGGGAGGUGCGCCGCCCUUUUCCCACGGUGGACGUGCCAGACCAUGCGCAUUACGUGAUCGGCUCAGUGAUCCUGGCCGUAGGAAUCACCGGCAUGGUUGGAAACUUCCUCGUCAUGUACGCGUUUUGCAGGAGCAGGAGUCUGAGGACACCUGCCAACAUGUUCAUCAUCAACCUCGCCAUCACAGACUUCCUCAUGUGCAUCACCCAGACACCAAUCUUCUUCAUCACUAGCAUGCACAAGAGGUGGAUCUUUGGGGAGAAAGGUUGUGAGCUCUAUGCUUUCUGUGGCGCCCUCUUCGGGAUCUGUUCCAUGAUCACACUCAUGGUUAUUGCUGUGGACCGCUACUUUGUCAUCACGCGUCCGCUCACCUCCAUCGGGGUCCUGUCCCGCCGACGUGCCCUUCUGAUCCUCUCAGCCGCCUGGGCCUAUUCCUUGGGCUGGAGUCUGCCGCCUUUCUUCGGCUGGAGCGCCUAUGUCCCCGAAGGCCUGCUGACCUCCUGCUCGUGGGACUACAUGACCUUCAGCCCGUCCGUUCGCACAUACACCAUGCUGCUUUUCACCUUCGUCUUCUUCAUCCCUCUCUUCGUCAUCAUGUACUGCUACUUCUUCAUCUUCCGAGCCAUCCGGGAAACCAACAAAGCCGUGAGCAAGAUUAACAGAGAGAGCACCAAGGACUCAAUGAAGAAGUUCCACCGAAUGAGGAACGAGUGGAAGAUGGCAAAGAUAGCCCUCAUCGUCAUCCUCCUCUAUGUCAUCUCCUGGUCGCCUUACUCAUGCGUGGCGCUCACGGCAUUUGCAGGCUAUGCUGACCUGCUCACCCCGUACAUGAAUUCAGUUCCCGCUGUGAUUGCAAAAGCCUCCGCUAUCCACAAUCCCAUCAUCUACGCCAUCACACACCCCAAGUACAGGUCAGCCAUCGCCAAGUAUAUCCCGUUCCUGGGUGUCCUGCUGUGCGUGCCUCGACGAGAGCGCUUCACCAGCAGCAGCUUCAUGUCCACUCGGCGCUCCACCGUCACCAGCCAGUCCUCGGAGACAAGCAACCAGCAGCGGAGUGGGAAAUCCCGCCUCUCGUCCAUCUCUGACAGCGAGUCUGGCUGGACGGACGCGGAUGGUGACAUCAACAGUGUAGGCUCACGGCCCGCCAGCCGCCAAGUGUCCAGUGAAAUUGGCAAGGAUACUGCAGAACUGCUGGACUGCAAACCCUCUAGCUCUUUGAAAACCAAGAAGAAGAGCCGCGACUCGGGCAUCUUCGAGAAGACCCCUGCCGACCCGGAUGACAUCUCCAUGAACGAUGUGGCCCAUUCCAACAGCGUCGUGCCUCCAGAGGGUGGGGUUGUACCAGAUGGGGUGGGGUUUAAAGGAAUCGCUGGGCGGAUCCCCAGCAUCGUCGUCACAUCGGAGUCAAACAACACCUUGCAAGCCUCCUACAGCAGUUACAGCGUCUCCCAAUCCGGCACUCAGCAAGGAUCAACCAUCCCUUCUGUGCCAUAG